CCCUCUCUCCCUGGCUGGCUCCGCAUGAUAGUAGACUAUCGCUUCCCCUCCAGCAUUGAUCCCUAUACUGACCUAAUAUAUGUGAUGUGGCUGUUCUUGGUGAUGCUGGCGUGGAACUGGAACGUGUGGCUGAUCCCGGUCCGCUGGGCGUUCCCAUACCAGACCUCGGAGAACAUAUACUGGUGGCUGCUGAUAGACUACACCUGUGACCUCAUUUACAUUCUUGACAUUGUUGUCUUCCAGCCUAGAUUACAGUUUGUACGUGGAGGAGAUAUUGUGUGUGAAAAAAAGGACAUGAGAGAAAAUUACAUGACAACUGAAAGAUUUAAGAUGGAUAUAAUCAGUCUGUUACCUUUGGAGAUAUUUUACAUAAAAACUGGAGUCAACUCCCUGCUGAGAUUUCCACGCUUAUUAAAGUACAUGGCGUUCUUUGAAUUCAACGACCGCCUGGAAGCAGUGAUGAGUAAAGCCUACAUCUACAGGGUGAUCCGUACCACUGCUUACCUACUCUAUUCUCUGCAUAUUAAUGCUUGUCUGUUUUACUGGGGAUCGGACUACGAAGGAUUGGGCUCCACCAAAUGGGUGUAUGAUGGCAAAGGGAACAGUUAUAUACGCUGCUACUACUUUGCUGUGAAGACCCUGAUCACUAUUGGUGGUCUGCCAGACCCUACCACAGUCUUUGAAAUCUGUUUCCAGUUACUCAACUACUUUGUUGGUGUCUUCGCAUUCUCUAUUAUGAUCGGUCAAAUGAGAGAUGUAGUCGGAGCUGCCACAGCAGGGGAGAACUACUACCGGUCCUGCAUGGACAGCACCACCAAGUACAUGACCUCCUACCGCAUCCCCAAAGAAGUCCAGAACCGGGUGAAGACCUGGUAUGACUACACCUGGAAGAUCCAAGGCAUGCUAGAUGAGCAAGAGCUGUUGAUCCAGCUACCUGACAAAAUGCGUCUGGACAUAGCAGUGGAUGUCAAUUACAGCAUUGUCAGUAAAGUGGCCCUGUUUCAGGGCUGUGACAGACAGAUGAUAUUUGACAUGCUGAAAAGACUGAAGUCUGUUGUUUACCUGCCAGGAGACUUUGUCUGUAAAAAGGGGGAGAUCGGCAGAGAGAUGUACAUAAUCAAGCAAGGGGAGGUACAGGUGGUCGGAGGGCCUGAUGGGACCACUGUGUUUGUGACGCUCAGGGCUGGCUCUGUGUUUGGAGAGAUCAGCUUGCUGGCUGGGGGUGGAGGGAAUAGACGUACAGCAAACGUGAAGGCUCAUGGAUUUGCAAAUCUCUUCAUUCUGGACAAGAAAGACUUGGCAGAUAUCCUUGUGCACUACCCAGAGUCCCAGAAAAUCCUCCGCAAGAAGGCCAAGAAAAUGCUAACAAAGGAUAAGAAGCCAGAGGUGAAAGAAGGAGAGAAGGAGUCUGCACAGGUUAUCCCUAUCAGACCAGAGACACCCAAACUGUACAAGGCUGCCCUGGUGGUUACAGAAGUUGCAGGCAUGAAGGGGGGGACCUUUGCCAAGCUAAAGGGCCAGAAAGGUUCUGACACAGCACGUGAGGACUCUCAAACCCUCGAAGCCCCCUAUUCCCCCAUUCCCCCUCCCUCUCCAAGGCACCGCCGCUCUCCCAUCCCCCCUCUUUCCAGGAUUGUGGACAACAACGACACAAUUUCUGAGGUGACCGACAGCAGCAUGAUCAUUCGAAUGACUCCCCGUCAUGAUGGUGAGGAGAUGUUGUCUGUAGAGCAGGGACAGGACGAAGAAAGCGGUGAUAAGGAGAAAGAUGAAGACGGUCACUGAAGGAGACUGAGAAAAGAGAGAAAAGGAUGACAGUGAGAACUGGAUUACAAUGACAUAUCUCAGCUCUACCUUUAUGUCCCUAACAUGGAGUGAUCCCUACGAUUACUCAGCCCUCAGAGCCAAAACAAAAUAAAACAAAAAACAACCAAUCGCCACACUAAUAAUAUUAAAAUGGGUGUGGGGUUACACAGGAGAAUGGUCUUUUUUGGUCAUGAAGCAGUCUGUUUGAUCAACCCCCUUACCCACAUUACAUCAUUGUAUUUCCCCUUAAUGUUUUUCACAGCUCCCCUGUCAUUCUGCCCCAAGUUAUAGUGUAAGAGUUUCUAUGGCCUUAGCUAUACCAGUAUACUUUUCAUGAGGCAGUUCUGUAGUUGGUUCCUAUAGUAAACACUGACAAGUAGGUAUAGCAUUUAAUCAUUUACAAAACAUGAGUGUUUUUGCAUAUCUAGACAUUAACAUUACUUUUAUCUUUUUGUCGGAAGGAAAUGGUAAACAACCUGUUACAAAUCACUGUAGCUGCAUUUGCUGAUAUAAUGAAUCAUGAACAUUGUCACGUUAUCAAGGUAAAGAUUGUAAACUUUUCUCUACUGAGUUUAGUUUUGUUUGUAGUCUGAACUGGUUUCUAUUGUGCUGUAUACUGCGUCGAUAGUUGGUAUGUCUGGCGCUACAGGAGGUGUUAUAUAAUAGGUUUUAAUAAUUACUAUUACUAUUACUACGAGUAUAUGCACUGCAUGGUUGUGUGUGUGGUGUAUGUGGGGAGUCAAAGGACAAUUUCAUUGUGUCCAUUUUGGUUACAGACGAAAAGGUAAAAUAAAAAGGCGAGAAUUGCUUUUUGUAACUAUGUGGAACAAGCUCUUAUCGCUGACCUGUCUAGGAGCUGGCCAUAGCAAUAUUUUAGGUGAUGUGAGCAGUUGGCUUGUGUGUGGAUGAGUGGUUGUUAUGCUGGUAUACAGCCUACUAUCUGUCUAAGACCUGAACCAGCCAUUAAGGUGAUCACUAGUUGUUUAUCGAAGUUAACUAUAAUUUUCUUUGAUUUCUUUAUUUAUAGGGACAACGCACAUUAAUCAACAUGAGCAUAGCGUUCAACAUCUAAAUGUGCCAGAUUUAGCCAUACAGGCUCAUUUUCAUCUGCAGGUCGGUGGCUUAAAACAGUAGAUAAGUUACAAGAAUAACAAAAACAUAAAACAAGAAACACAAAGGCAUAGACAAGUAAAAUGACACGGCCACUAUUCCAGAUUGAGACAGCUGGGGCCCGUUCUGGGUAUGUCGCUAGCAGAGGUGAUACAGGAAGUCUGUCACAGACAUGGCUUGUCCGUUUCAAGCAAGCCCCAGACCCCCACCCCUGGCACCUCGGCUUGAAGCAA